AUGGAGAAAAGGAAAGAAUCUUUAAGUGGGUUGAAAUUGUGCAGGUUUUGUUUGAGUAAAAAUCAAUCGCUUGUUAGCCUGUAUGACAGACGUCUAUCUCCUAAAAACUGUGUUGAUCUCCCAUUAAAAAUCUUAUCAUGUGUUUCAAUUGAGGUUUUCCCUUCAGAUAAAAUGCCUUCUUACAUUUGCAGUUAUUGCAAAUUUUUUAUGGACCUUGUUUACAAAUAUAAACAGAUUGUACGUCAAGCUGAUGAAAACAUAUUAAAAUAUAUACAAAACGGAACCCCCUUGGAAUCUUUAACUUGGCCAAACCUACUUAUAAAAGCAUAUCAAAGCUCUGUCAGACAUGAUAUAAUGAGAGUAGAGGGUGGUGCUACAGUCCAAGUUUCUACCCAUGAUGUCUCAGAUAGUGAAGAUGAGGAGGAAGAAAGUGUUUACAAUGUAACGAUUGCGGAUGGCUCCGAUGAUGGUUCUAAAGGCGUUUCCACCUGCAUAAAAGUUGUGACCAGCAAAGAUGAUCAAGAUUCAUCACAAAAUAUGCUAAACCAAACUGACAAAGGUGAAGGACCUUACCACUGUAAGCAUUGUACCAAGAGCUUCACUAAAUCCCAUCACUACACAAGACAUCUUCGUUUGAAACACCGUGAGAACAUACGGUCGUCCCGUGGUCCGUUCGGAGAGGCUGAGCAGUACCCCUGUGACCAGUGCGACGAGAUCUUCGCCACUCAGGACGAGCUUAUUUACCACUCUGCAAUACACGCCACGAAGAAUCUUACGUGUCCACUCUGUGAAGAAAAAUUCGCAAAUGUCGACGCUGUCACUACUCAUAUCAAAUCUCAUGUCAACGGUGUGGAAUUCAUGUGCGAUUUCUGUGAAUUGGUGUUUACCACUAAAGAAAAGUUGGAGUACCAUUUAAUUAUGGCUCAUGAAGAUGAAUUUAAUAAUGAUCUUGGCCAGGAUGACUCAUCUAUGGAAAUGGAUGCUAGAGAAGAUGAUGGUGAUGAUGAUGAUAAUGAUACAAGUAUAAAUGUCAAAGACAAGGGAGAUCACAUGCUUAUAGAAAUAAAAAAAGCUGACGAGUACAUGCUGCAUAAUACUCACAAGGAGAUGGAGGAAAAAUUUGAUAACACUAAUUCAGAAGAUAGUGAACCUGAGGUAACAUACACAGAAUUGUCUACAGUGGACACAUUAGGAAUUAUUCAAAAAGGGAACACAUCACCAAGAAUGUCAGUUGAUAAGCAACCAACAAAAGUGUCUAAAGCUACUGUUAGCAGUAGCUUUAUUCCAGCUUUGACAGCAAAUGAUGCACAAACUCCAGCUAUCAUAAGAAAAAUUGAAGAAAAAAAAUUGAAGGCAACUGAACAACAAAGUGCUGAUACAGAGAGAAAAGAAAAAUCUACCAAAAUUGACAGUAGCAGUGUCGGUGCCAGUAAUAAAUCAUUGCAGUUAUUAGAGAAAGAACUUCAGGAACUAAAACGGACUAAUAAUUCAAGAAAUGAAGUCAUCAAAACCAGCAAGCUUACGGAACCCAUACGAAAUAGACGCCUUCAAAUUCAUGCUUCAACCCCCAAGGCAAAACCUAUUGAAGAAAAGAAAGCAGUUGCUGUUACGAAGGCACCAGUUGUCGAGAAAAAAGGUCCAGAGCGCCGCAUAAUAACCAAAGAGAAUAAAGAGCCGAAAGAAAGCAAGGAGACAAAAGUAAACACCAGUACCAAAGAAGACAGAGAUAAAGAUGCUACAUCCACACCAAAGAGUCUUGUCAAAAAUGGAAACAACGAAAAAAACUCUGCAGAUGAAGGAGGAAUUCGCCGCUCUACGCGACCAUCUAAAGUUAAAGACUACGCAAAAAUGAUUCGAGACAGACAAGACGAGGAUGAUUCCGAUGACGCUGACGACGAGGAGUACAGAGCAGAAAGAACUCCAGAGAGAACAAGAGGGCGUAAAAGUGUCACAAAGGUACAAGCCAAAAUGAUACAAACUACAAUCGCAACCACAACACAGUCCAAACUAGGAUUGACUGCUGGGGUAGCGCCGACCCCGAGGAAACGAGGCCGCCCACGUAAGGAACCGCCAAAGGAAGUACCAGCAAAGGUUAAGAAAGAUGCAGUUGAAACAAUUGAAGAAAUAAAUUUAACUAAGACAGAUACGGAAGAUUCACCAAAUGCUGAGGAAAGAGCAGACAACGAGAGCAAAAUCAGUAUCUCUUCAGACAAUUCUUCUGACGCUGUAAAGAUGGUGAGCUCUGAAUCACCACAAACUUCAGGGCAGCUGGUCUCUCCCUCUGGACAACCACUAAAAAAGGUGCCGGUUAAAGCUUUACCGCCAGGCGUUCGCCCGCUGGCCCUGCCAGUAACCCCUCGACCACUUGGAACGGGCGAGCUGUGUGAAAUGCAGAUUGGCAAGAAAAUGGUUAAAGUGCAGAAAAUCGUAAUGACCAAGGCAGAGGUAGAAGCUAUGGCAAAGAAGGGACUUGUGGAAAUGAAGGACGGCACAAUGGUGCUAAAACAAGGUAUAAAAUUACCAACUGCUGAUCCUGUUUCAAUCAAGUCUUCCUUAGUCGGCGAUGGAGACGUAGUAAAAGAAAGAAAGGAUAAAGCAGCCCCCACCAGAUGCGAUCUUGGAGAUGACCCA